AACAAAUAAGGAAGAGAAUCAAGAGAUGGCAGAGAAUGGGGAUGAGGUCAUCGCGUUGCUGUAUUGGGGAGGCGAGAUUUUGAAGACCGGGCAUCUAUGUUCGGUUGACUAUUCAGAGCCCCCCAAAACCAUGUGUUUCCUUCCGCAGAUCAGCUCUUUCGAUGAACUGGUGGCGAAAGUGCACUCUGCAAUGGACACCACAAAGGAGAACGCAGAUCUGGGUUUGUACGGAAAGUACCUGGCAACGUUUGCCGGAGACAGGGGCGUGUUUGUUUCCAUCCCGCUCACCGACGACCGGUCGUGGCGGUGGUUCAUGCGGCAGAUGUUGCCUUCGCAGCCUCUCCAUAUUUAUGUCAACGCUGCUGCUGCUGAAAAGCAAAAGGAGAACAACGAGGGGCAGCAGAGAAAAACCUCCGGCGCAGCAACGAUGAUGAAGAUAUACGUGCAUACUCCGACCUGGAAGACGAUUGCGCUCGAUGUAAUAUCAUCAGGCACCAUUCGUGAUAUGAAAGAGUCCAUUAAGGAGUUGGAAGGCAUCCCGAUUGACGACCAGCUGCUCUACUUUCAGCAAACUUGUCUCCAUGACGGUUGCACACUUGCAAACUACAAUAUCCAGAGUGGGUCUACUCUCUUUCUCAGUAAAAAAUUGUUUAAAUUUUAAAAUGCGCCCACAAGGGCAAAUCGGUGAUUUGCUGCUUUAUUAUUUCAUUAUUAAGGUAGUUUAGUUUUUUUGUAGUUUCACCUAUUUCAUUAUUUUGCAUUACUUUUUAUUUAUUUGUUUUGCUUGUGGUAGAGUAGUAAGUGUUUUAAAUCACUUUAGAAAUAUGAAGACUUACAUGGUGAUAUUACGUUUCAGUUUGUCCAUUAAAUGAAAUAUGAAGACUUACAUGGUUAGUGACUUUUGUGGUUGGACUUAUGCCUG